AUGAGGAGCAAUGAGGUGCUUUUGAACUGUGGCAUAACAAUGCCUGUCAUGGGUUUAGGCACUUAUUCCUCAGAAAAUGAUAGGGAGACAACAGAGCUAGCCAUCCAUAUGGCUCUCAAGAUGGGUUACAGGCAUUUUGAUACUGCAAAAAUAUAUGGUUCGGAGCCAGCUGUGGGCAAUGCUUUGACAGAGGCAAUCCUCCAUGGGAGAGUAGAGCGAGAAGACAUUUUUGUUACGUCUAAACUCUGGGGGAGUGAUCACCAUGAUCCCGUUUCUGCACUCAAGCAAACUCUGCUGAACAUGGGCAUGGAAUAUGUGGACAUGUAUCUGGUGCAUUGGCCAGUAAAGUUAAAGCCAUGGGCUUGUUAUGCAGUCCCAAAGGAAGAGGACUUUGAAGAAUUGGAGAUGGAGUCCACCUGGGCUGGGAUGGAGAAGUGCCUGGACAUGGGGUUGUGUAGGUGCAUUGGUGUGAGCAAUUUCUCCAGCAAGAAGAUAGAACAUCUGCUAAAUUUUGCUUCUGUUCCUCCAGCCGUCAAUCAGGUGGAAAUGCAUCCGAUGUGGAGGCAAAGCAAGCUCCGUGAGACAUGUGCAAGCCACAGAAUCCACGUAAGCGCCUACUCACCACUCGGUGGGCCCGGGAACAUAUGGGGAUCAACGGCUGUGGUUGAUAAUCCAAUCAUCCAAUCCAUUGCUCUUAAGCACAAAGCAACCCCAGCUCAGGUUGCUCUGAAAUGGGGAUUAUCGAAAGGAUCAAGCGUGAUCGUCAAGAGUUUUAAUCAAAAUCGGAUGAAGGAGAACAUGGGGUCCUUUGAUCUGAAGUUGGACGAUCAAGAUUUCAAUGACAUUGACAGGUUGGAGGAGUGGAAGAUCAUGAGAGGGGAGUUUCUUGUUAAUGAAACAACAAGCCCCUACAGGACAAUUCAGGAACUUUGGGAUGAUGAAAUUUAAGUAAAACUACAAGGUAGAACGACCCAUUUGAGAUGUACGAUUAAAAAAUCCACCCACCUUUUCUAUUUUUUAUUUUUCAUAUUUUCGGUUGUACAAGAAUGCUGAAAGGUGUCAGUAUUUAUUGAUGCUUAUGGUUCUUCAAGAGCAGAUAUAGAGGUCCAUUUUCAAGAGCCUGGAACCCUGGAUAAGUGUAUGUCUUUUUAUA